GGCCCUCCCUUUGGGGCUACUCUUACUUUCAGCAGCGCGACGAGUCUGGAGCUUCGAUUUCACUUCCGCCGACAGUAAUCAAGUAUCAAACAUGAUAAGAAACGAGGUUUUCUCCUGUUUUGUCUUCUACGCCGUCCUCCUGGUGAUCAAAAUGUACACUAUCGCGGUCAUAACGGGACAACUGAGGCUGCGCAAGAAGGCUUUUGCCAACCCAGAGGACGCGCUAAGACAUGGAGGUUUGCAGUUUUACAGAGAGGAUCCAUAUGUGGAAAGAUGCCGGAGGGCUCACUUGAACGAUUUGGAGAACAUCCUCCCUUUCCUCUUCCUGGGGGCCAUCUACUCUCUGACCGGACCGUCUCUAACGGUGGCUCGCCUUCACUUCCUCGUGUUUUUUCUCGCCCGUGUGCUGCACAGCCUUGCCUACCUGUUGGCCUUGCGUGCACCCACCCGCUCUUUGGCCUACACCACCGCACAGAUACCCUGUGUUUCCAUGGCUGUACAGAUCCUGAUGUCAGUGGCAGCUUACGCCUAGUUCUAAGACUUUGGGAGUGACGAAAAGUCAGAAGACUCUAUUUAUGACCUGUAUCAGAGAAAGUUAACUACGGGUUCCUUUAGCAAGACUGCUGGAGUGCAAUAUUAGGUGUUUGAUUACGCCUGUAUGCUUUUUUAUCAAGAUCUUGUCAGUAUUUGUAUUGUAAUGUUUUAAAAAUGUAACAAUGUCUUUAAAAUAUUUUGAAGUAUGAUGUUUAAUGCCACAGACUCUACUGGUGUACCUAAAUGCAAAUGAAGUUUGUUGCUGAUUUUUACAGACAUUUGUUGAAACCUUUGGACAGACUGUUCUCGACCUGAAAGCCACUUCAGGAUAUUUUCCAGUUGAGCUGCACUGUAUGUUGAUCCCUAGACCUCUCAUGUGUUUACACUCAACACAGACCACCAUUGGCGUGGUUUUGUACCCUCAUGGUGGCCUAGUCUGUUUCCUAUGUAGGUGUAUCAACUAAUUUCCUAAGCCUUGCUUGGAUACUACAUUUGUCAACAGUUAAAUGGAUCCUGACUGACCAGGUGCUGAAACAUUGAAUUACGCUCACCUACAGCUCCUCCUGCAUUAAUCAAAACCUAGGCUGCCCUUAAAAGGACUGAAACAUGAACUGGUCUCAACAGCCAGCAAGGACAAAAAAAUUAUUUGUGAAAACAUAUUUCGAGGUUAUCUUUAAGGUUUUUUAACUAAUUUAUUACUCUCAGUUUAGGUAUGCAGACACAUCUAUGUAUAUUUUUCUAAGUAAUAAAACAGUUCAUAGCCUAACAGAAAA